CUCUCCGCAUAGCAAAAUUUGAGAGCUUCCACAACCUACUCCAGAACACGCCGAGAAGGUAUUUCGAAAUGAUUGAAAAGAUCUACGUUACAUACAACCAGGUCCACAAGCUCUGUCAGAACUCGGCGGAGCGCAUUCUGAAUGAGUUCCACCCGAACCUCAUGAUCGCUAUUGGCGGUGGAGGUUAUGUUCCCGCCCGCAUCCUGCGAUCUUUCCUCAAGAAACCUGGAUCUCCGAAUAUCCCUAUUCAAGCAAUCGGUCUCUCCCUCUACGAGUCCCUCGGGACAGAUCCAGUCGAGGAGCCCGGAACCAAGGUCACCCGGACGCAAUGGCUUGAUCUCAGCAGCCUCGAGAUGGCGAACCUUAUCGGCAAGAACGUCCUCAUUGUAGAUGAAGUCGACGACACUCGGACGACGUUGGAGUACGCGGUAAAGGAGCUCCAGAAGGAUGUCGAGGAGGCACAACGGAGGUUGGGUCGCGAGGACGAGAAGACAGCGUUCACAAUAUUCGUACUGCACAACAAGGACAAGACGAAGAAGGGCACGCUUCCAAAGUCGAUCAUCGGCGACGGCAAGUACCUUGCAGCAGAGACGGUCGGAGACGUCUGGAUCUGCUAUCCCUGGGAAGCAACCGACAUUGAGGAGCAUGACUGCUUGGCACAUGCUCAAAAGAAAGGCUGAAUGUCCUUCGAUUCCUUCAUUCGACUUUCAUGCGCAAGAUGUGAUGGGGAUAUAGGCGCUUCGUAAUUUACAGAUAAAAUGGCAGUCAACAGCGGAGUUAGUAGAUCAUUUGGCGCGAUCUACUUUCUCAUAGGGCUGCCAGCUGCUGCAGUGUGGCUGGCUUAUCAUAUAGAAGGGCUGGUAUUGCACCCCCAUUAAUGAGACCAAUUCCUAAGACAAC